CUACCCGUUGAGCACACUCCUUCGCAGCAAGCUUUCAAUUCGUCGCUUUUUCGCUCUUUUCCCGAAAUACUUCUUUUUCGUCUUCUCUUCUUCUCCUCCGUCGAACGGGUCAAAUCCCACCCUCCUUCUAUCUAGCCGUUGCAGCGUCACUAUCCCCUAAGAGUGGAUCUCUCCAACGGCUACCAUCUUUGAAAAAAAAAACCAGAGAAAAAUCUCAUCUUUCCUCCAAAAAACUCAUUCUUCUCAUUUCUCACCAUCACAUUCCACAAAAAAGACAUAACAAACAAGAAAAAGAAAGCCCUCAAAGGUCGGAAAUGGCCGCUGGAAAUCAUACCGACGGGGGAGACUCCGGCAACGGCCUGACCAACAAGCUGUCGGAGAAGACCUCGAUUCUCGGCCUGAAAGUCUACGUCCUCAUCGGAAUCAUUGUCGGAUGCAUGGUCCUUGUUGCGCUUUUAAUCUUCUUCUUCUUCUGCGCCAAUCGCAAGUCCAAGAAGCGUCGGAUGAUGCGAGUGAAGCACGCUUCCGGCUUUAUUCCGAUGAUAUCGAAAGAGAUCAUCGAGGUAAAGGCGAUGUCGGAUCCGAUGGAGAAUGAGGGUAAGAUCGUUGCCGUUGAUUUGGAGGGAGGAGAGGGGAAGGAGGAUUUGGAGGCUGGGAGUCGAAGUGCGGAAAGUAAAGUAUCAGGUGGGAGUGCGAGCUCGUCGUCAGCAGUUUCGGUGGAUGCGUCGAAUAUAGGGUGGGGGAGGUGGUAUGGACUGAGGGAGCUGGAAGUCGCGACGGACGGAUUCAUUGGGGAGAAUGUGAUAGGAGAAGGAGGGUAUGGAGUGGUUUACAGAGGGGUUUUGCCUGACAGUUCCGUCGUUGCUGUUAAAAACCUUCUUAACAACAAGGGUCAGGCUGAGAGGGAGUUCAAGGUGGAAGUGGAAGCGAUUGGAAAAGUUAGGCAUAAGAAUCUGGUGGGGCUUCUUGGCUUCUGUGCAGAAGGUACUCAGAGGAUGCUUGUAUACGAAUAUGUAGAGAAUGGCAAUUUGGAGCAAUGGUUGCAUGGUGAUGUUGGCCCAUUCAGCCCUCUAACAUGGGAUAUUAGAAUGAAGAUUGCCAUUGGAACGGCAAAAGGAUUAGCUUAUCUGCAUGAGGGAUUAGAGCCCAAGGUCGUGCACCGAGAUAUCAAAUCCAGUAACAUACUUUUGGAUAAACAUUGGAACCCGAAGGUGUCAGAUUUUGGACUUGCCAAGCUCUUGGGAUCUGAUUCAAGCUAUGUGACUACACGUGUGAUGGGAACAUUUGGAUAUGUUGCUCCUGAAUAUGCAAACACGGGUAUGCUUAAUGAAGGCAGCGAUGUGUAUAGUUUUGGAGUUCUGCUUAUGGAAAUAAUUUCAGGAAGGAGCCCAGUUGAUUAUGGCAGACCAGUGGGAGAGGUAAAUUUGGUUGAUUGGUUUAAAGGGAUGGUAGGAAGUCGGCGUGGAGAAGAAGUAGUGGACCCAUUGAUAGAGGUCCAGCCACCGCCGAGGGCUUUGAAGCGGGUAUUGCUGGUAUGCCUCCGUUGUAUAGAUUUGGAUGCUCAAAAGAGACCAAAGAUGGGACACGUUGUACACAUGCUUGAAGCAGAUGAAUUUCCUUUCCGCUCGGAGCAUCGGACAGCGCGGGAAGCAGCCACGUGUCCUCCCCGUGUAAGUCAGACCACUGCUACUAGAAUUCCACUUCCAUCUGAGAAUGCAAAGGGAGAAGAUCUUGAGAGAUCAAAGUGGAGAUGAGCUGUGACAUUCAUUACAUGGGCUGGUGUCAUUACAGCUCCAUUGAGGGUCUUGAUGUUCUUUUGUGCUCAUAUAUCCUCCUAUUUAAUUCCUUACUACAGAUAUUUUCAGUGUCUAUUGGCGUCAUAUGCCUCAGAAUCCUUCGUCCCAUAUACCUAAAAAUUUCCAAGCAGAGGAGGCUGUCUAGCAAAAGGGAGAGAAGAAUGUUGCAGCUCCUGUCCAUGUGAAUAUCAUUGUAAAAGCUCUUGAAAUCGCCCCCGAGUUCUCCUACCCAGGACUUUAAUGAAGAGUGAAUAAUUGCUUGAUCUUGACCCAUGUAGCGUGUGAGACCACCUAGAAGCAUCAACAGGUGAUAUUAGUUGCUUGUGGCACUUGCCAACUUCCUACUGAACUAGAUGUGUGAUCUCUCUGUUCAAUCUUCACACACAUUAUACUUAAGAUUAAAUAGCUGUUUUCAAUUGCAUGUAACAUGGAUACUCAUAUAUGAAAGUUGUGAUACUCUGCUACAUAUAUGUUUCCUCGUGUAAACUCCAUAUAUUGAUCUACACUGAUUGUAUUUCUUUCUUGUUUAUUUGUAAAGGUGGUCCAUGUUUACAAUGAAUGAUAACACACAAAUGCAUUUUCUUUCAAACGGGUGGUUAUAUGCUUA